AAAAUAGGACUAUCAGUUCCACUCAGAUAACCCUAGCUGUCAUUGGACCUCGGGCCAAGUGGUGACCUCAGGGGCUUGAACUCUCUGGGUCAUGUGACCAAGCCAUAAAGUGACCAGUGGUGUUGGGCUCCGGUCGUGGCCAGAGAGAGCCAGGCUGUGGUGGAAAGAGGUUGCUGAGAGAGAGCAGAGGGAGAUUUCAGAAACGUCAUGAGGAGCUCGGGCCCAUUCUUCUUCAGCUGCUUUUCUGAUUGAAUGGGGUCCAGGCAGACUGGGAGAAGCAUGAGAUGGAUACAUGGGAAGAUGAUGCAGCUGACCAGCGUACUUGCCUUAUCUGUGGAGAUCGAGCCACAGGCCUGCACUAUGGCAUCAUCUCCUGCGAGGGCUGCAAAGGCUUCUUCAAACGCAGCAUCUGUAACAAGCGGGUGUAUCGCUGCAGCAGAGAUAAGAACUGUGAAAUGUCCCGCAAACAACGCAACCGCUGCCAGUACUGCCGCCUGCUCAAGUGCCUGCAGAUGGGGAUGAACCGUAAAGCAAUCAGGGAGGAUGGCAUGCCAGGAGGGAGGAACAAAAGCAUCGGGCCUGUGCAGAUCACAGAGGAGGAGAUUGAGCGGAUCAUGUCGGGCCAGGAGUUUAAGGAGGAUGCCCCUGAGCACACCUGGGGUAACAAUGGUGACAGUGACCACAGCUCCCCCAGUAACGGGGCUUCGGAAGGCAACCAGCCAUCACCCGCAUCCACGCUGUCGUCCAAUAGGUCAGUAGAGAUGAACGGCUACACAGUGGCCCUCAGGGACCAGUACAUCAACACCUCCAUGUCCACACACUACCAGCUGCUGCCACACCUCUUCAGCUACGCGGCCCAGUCGGGCCUGCUGACCCCCCAGCCUCGCAGCCUGUACCCACAAUCCCACCCCCUGGUGCUGCAGCUCGUGGCAGCGGAGGACCUGGCCCCCCUCAACACCCCCAUGCUCAUAGAGGACGGGUACAAGGUGACUCAGGUGGAGCUGUUCGCUCUGCUGUGUCGGCUGGCGGAUGAGCUGCUCUUUCGUCAGAUCUCCUGGAUCAAGAAGCUGCCGUUCUUUUGCGAGCUCUCCAUAGAGGACUACACCUGCCUGCUGAGCUCCACCUGGCAGGAGCUCAUCCUGCUGUCCUGUCUCACCAUCUACAGCUCCCAGAUCUUUGGAGACCUGGCCGAUGUCACCGCCAAGUACACGCCAUCUGACGACGAGCUGCAGGGCUUCAGCGAGGACGGGAUGGAGGUGAUGGAGAGAUUGAUCUAUCUGUUUCGAAAAUUCCACCAGUUAAAGAUCAGCAACGAGGAAUACGCCUGCAUGAAAGCCAUCAACUUCCUGAACCAAGAUAUCAGAGGAUUGUCCAACAUCUCCCAGCUAGAGCAGCUGAACAAGCGCUACUGGUACGUGUGUCAGGACUUCACCGAGUACAAGUACCCACACCAGCCCAAACGCUUUCCUGAGAUCAUGAUGUGUCUGCCUGAGAUCCGCUGCAUUGCAGGGAAGCUGGUGAACGUCCCUCUGGAGCAGCUCCCCCUCUUGUUCAAAGCAGUCUUGCACUCCUGCAAAUCCAGCCUGACCAGCUACCGGACCGGCCCGUCGCCCUGCGUGACCGCCUCCUCCGCUACCUAAGCCCUCCCCGCCUGCCAGGGUCGAGGGUCCGGUCUCCCCUCCUGUGAAUGUGACAAGCAGCUAGUUUUCUUUUUGUAAUAUUUUUCUUUAUAUAUUUAUUACAUGACAGAGCUGAAUGUAUGCUGAUUUACACUGUGCACAUGCUUCUGUACAAAACAAAUGCUCGAAGAUGCAUUAGUCUUUGGAGUUUACAAGUGUAUUUCCAGUUUGCUCAAUGUGUCCGUGUUGCCGUUGUUAGACUAGAUUUUAAAAGAGCUUAUUUUAUUCAAACAAGGCAGCGAGACACAUUAGUGAUUUAUGACUACCUCAGGAAGAUGUUGUUGCUGUUUUGCUUUUAAAGGAAGGUUCCAGUCUGAAACAUAACUAGUGGGUGCUGCUGCCCCCUCAAUCAGAGACUGAAUGUUUAAAUGAGCUGCAUAAAUCAAAGUUUAACCUAAA